UCAAGCUGGCUAACCUGGGAUCGAAUGUCUAAUAGUGGCUACGUUCAGACGACUGUUAUGGUUCUGCUGCAAUUUUGACGUGUGAACGAGUGGGUAUCGCGAUUAAAAGUCAGGUAGGGUCGGCGUGGCGCGCCUUUGGCCAAACACUAACGUCAAACGAUGGAAAGGUUAAAAUGGUGGACGAUCUGGCUUUACGUCUUGCUUCUCCAGGCGGAUGCUUUUUAUGUACCAGGAGUUGCACCGGUAGAAUUCACAGCUGGUCAGAAAAUCGACGUCAAGGCCGUCAAAAUGACGAGUACUAGAACUCAGCUGCCGUACGGCUACUACUCAUUGGACUUCUGCAAUCCAAAAGGCGGCGCUCUCAUUUAUAAGUCCGAAAACUUAGGCGAGAUACUUAGGGGCGAUAGAAUUGUCAACACACCUUAUGAAGUGGAGAUGAAUGUUCCUGUUCAUUGUCGACUUCUUUGCCAUACGCCAAACGAGAAGAUGACUUGGAGCAAGGAAAAAUCUGAGCUAGCGAUAGAGCGAAUUCAGCACGAGUACUAUGUACAUCUACUGAUAGACAAUCUGCCUGCGGCAACUAAACAGCAGCAUCCAGAGACCAAUGACUUCACAGUUCAACCCGGAUACAGAUUAGGUGGAAUUAAAGAUGGCCAAGCGUACAUCAAUAAUUACCUGAAACUGAUUCUCAGCUAUCACAAACACGGAGAAAACCAGUACAGAGUUGUUGGUUUUGAAGUGGAGGCAAAUUCAGUUGAUACCGAUCAGAUCAAAUUCACCGACAAGAAUGAAUGCAUUAUCCCUGAUAAUCCCAAGCCGCUGUUUAUCAACCCUGAAGGCACCAAACUCCAAUUUUUCUAUUCUGUUGUGUGGAAAGAGUCCGCCAUCAGUUGGGCGAGCAGGUGGGACGUUUAUCUCGGCAUGAGCGACGUCCAAAUUCACUGGUUCUCGAUAAUAAACUCAUUGGUUGUGGUCUUCUUUCUAUCGGGAAUACUGACAAUGAUAAUGGUGAGAACACUCAGACGGGACAUAGCGAAGUAUAACGCAGGCGAAAGUGACAGUUUGAGCGGUCUUGACGAAGCGAUAGAAGAAACUGGGUGGAAACUCGUUCACGGCGAUGUUUUCCGACCGCCAACAAACUCUCGGCUCUUCGCUGCUGUCAUUGGUAGUGGAAUUCAGAUUUUCUUCAUGGCGCUGAUCACCAUAUUUUUUGCAAUGCUGGGUAUGUUGUCGCCCGCGAGCAGAGGAGCCCUUGGCACCUGCGCGAUAUUCCUUUACGUGUUCUCCGGGCUUGUCGCCGGCUACUUUUCGGCACGUCUCUACAAAACGAUGCGAGGCAGAGAGUGGAAGAAAGCUGCAUUACUGACCGCAACGCUUUAUCCUGGAAUAGUUUUCACCACUUGUUUCUUCCUGAAUUUCUUCAUUUGGGGAAAGAAGAGUUCGGGCGCUGUUCCUUUCACCACUAUGUUGUCUCUGCUUUGCCUCUGGUUUGGCAUAUCUCUGCCACUCGUUUACCUCGGUUACUUUUUCGGAUAUAGAAAACAACCCUUCGCUCAUCCCGUUAGGACGAAUCAGAUUCCUAGACAGGUUCCCGAUCAACUGUGGUACAUGAAUCCAAUUCUGUGUACGCUGAUGGCCGGGAUUCUGCCGUUUGGAGCGGUUUUCAUCGAGCUGUUUUUCAUCUUGACAGCACUGUGGGAAAACCAGUUUUACUACCUAUUCGGUUUUCUUUUUCUCGUCUUUUGCAUACUCGUCAUAUCCUGCUCGCAAAUAUCCAUUGUAAUGGUCUAUUUCCAGCUUUGCGGAGAAGACUACAGAUGGUGGUGGAGAAGUUUUAUAGUGAGUGGCGGAUCGGCCAUCUAUGUAUUGGCUUACUCGAUAUUCUACUUUGUGACAAAGUUGGAAAUAACCGAAUUAGUGCCAACGUUGAUGUACUUCAGUUACACAGGUCUGAUGGUACUGACAUUCUGGCUUUUGACCGGAACCAUCGGAUUCUUCGCGGCUUACGCGUUUAUCGGGAAAAUUUACGCUGCCGUGAAGAUAGACUAGUGAGCGAUGGAGGGAAAAGAUAAUAGAGAAAGAAACAACAUUUACAAAACUAACUAAAUAGAAAUCUGAAUGUAAUACGAAAAUGAAAAAAUUAUCAAGCGUACAUUGAACACGACGACUAACAACGACGCUAGAAGCUGUCUCGGUUGUACAUAAAAAAUGCGAAAACAGAAACAAAAAAGAAAAAAAAAGGAGGAAAAUAAAAAUUUUAUAUAUAAUAGGUAGAAAUCGAAGUUAUUAUAAGAUUCCGAGAAAAUCGUUUAUGUCGAGUGAUUUCGUUCCUUGAUCAUCGACGUCAUCGAAGAAAGAGUAAAAAAUAAAAAUACAUAUUCAGACCA